AUGUUUGAAACACUUUUAAAUUAUUUAAUCAAUGGAUCAAUUGUUAUGGUAAUAUUUUUAAGCUUGUUGAUGGGUGCAUUCACAUUCUUUACCUCGAGAGCAUUACUGUUCUUCCCAUGGUGGAGACAUAUUAUUAUUGGAGAGGGUAAUCCAUUGACUCAUCACUCUCUGAAAUUCGACAACAUUGAAUUCAAAGCAUUCGAUUCAGAUCAUAAGAUACGUGGUUGGUGGAUUCCAGCCAAACCUGAUAAUGAUUUACAUUAUACAAUUAUCGUUGUACAUGGAUCAGGUAGAGAUAAAUACCAAUAUUUUGAUCAAAUCAAGAUUUACAAUCAGGUUGGACUGAAUGUUUUCAUUUUCGAUUGUCGUGACGGUUUGGGUGACAUUGACCAAGUCGGUCGUGGUCUUGGCUACUCGUUGCGUGAACACAAGGAUGUCCGUGCUGCCAUCCGUGUCGUCAGAAGCGACUAUCCACAGCAGUCAAAGAAGAUCAUCCUCACAGGAAUGUCGAUGGGUGCCGGUAGUGUCUUGGUGGCCGCCGGCAAAGACCGCGACCUCAUCGACGGAGUCAUCGCCGAGGCGAGCUACAUGCAUCCACGCGCAGCAUGGUCACAUAACAUCUACAAGAACCUCCGUGAGGGAGUCAAGGCAUUCAAGCCGGUCGAACGAUUCCAAGCGAUUCUCCCAACGAAUCCACCACAAAUGCUGAUCGACAUUGUCACCGGAUUCACAAUGAUAAAGCUGUUGUUCUCCGAGUCGAAUUUGAGCGCGCGCGACGUCCCUAUCGAGAUGAUCGAGAAAAUCUCACCGAAACCACUGCUUAUCAUUCAUUCGACUGCCGAUCCAGUCGUUCCAUACUCACACGCCGUACAACUGUACAAAGCAGCCAAAGAACCAAAGGAACUGUGGACCAUCGACAAUGAGAAACCACUCCACAUGCCAGCCAGCGACAACGUACCACCAGAAGAAUAUCAACAAAGAUUAGUUAGCUUUAUAUCAAAGCUUUAA